AAAUAGAAUAAAAAAUAAAUAAAAUCGCCUCACUCCAAAAUGUACACUUCUAUGAUUCAAACGAUAGCGGUAGUGGCUUCCCUAGCUGCAUACUCAGUCGAUGCAACUGCAACUCGACGAAGUACGAAGAAGCUAACACAGGGUACCACCUGGACACUCGAGGCAUGGGGAUAUGAAGACACCAGCAAUGGCUACAUGAUUGACAUCGAUCUACAGACGAAGUCAAAGGACUAUGUCAAGUCUCUUGUAGACGGAGGACAGUAUGUGGUGUGCUAUUUCAGUGCCGGCACAGCCGAGGAUUGGAGACCAGACUAUCUCGAUAUGAUGGAGUAUGCUUCAAAAGAUAGCCGAUACCCCGGGGAGUACUGGAUGGAUAUCACACAGUGGGAGGAUUUCAAGCACUUAAUCAAGGCCAGAAUGGAGGAGGCAGUUGAGAAGGGUUGUCACGGAAUAGAACCUGACAAUACCGACGCAUACGAAUAUGGUAGUGACGCCGUACCAGGCGAAACCAAAGACAGUUUAAAGCCAUAUCAAAUAGAUUACAUGCGUUGGAUGGCAAAUACCGCCCACGAAUUGGGUCUAGAGAUUGCACAGAAGAACACCGUUGAUUUGAUCCCUGAUCUGAUUGACGUUAUGGACUACGCGAUCAACGAGUCUUGUGCAAAGUUCUCAAAGAACGCAUACUGCAGCAAUUAUGAAGCAUUUGUGAAGCAGGAUAAGGCCGUGUUCGGGGUUGAAUACAACACUAACGGUGAUUGCAGUGAUGCACAGUCUGAAGGAAUCAUGCGAAAAUACAAGAACUCGAAUGGCAGUCAAUGGAUGGAUUGCAAAAUUAGUACGAACUAGACCACCACCGCGAUUUAUGGAAGCCUUUACACAACAACACAACGUAUCAUACAAUCAGACCAUUUAUCGAAUAAAAGUACAAUGCA